ACAACGUCGAUAUGAGAUAGCGAAUUACCGGUCCGAUCCCCAGGUAGGAGAUAUAAACGAAAACUCCAUUGGCCAGGUAGAAAGAAUGUCUAUUCCGUCAUUGACUUGUUGAAAAUAUCAUGUGAACGACGAUAUGCUGUGUCUACAAACAGAAGGUUGUGUACACCUGGGCUACCUGAGCAGGGACAGGUGAGGUAGCCGUACGUAUACGUCGAACACAUUCUUGUUCACCUGUUAAACCCAAGUACCUGUGUCGUGUACCUGCCCGAAGGACGUAUAUUAACACCAACGGUUGAGGAUGUAAUAUGUAUUUAUUAUAUUAACACACAGAAGCGACAGUACAGCUAACGGCACUGCCCCGCGAGCGACUGUGGAGAAAUCCAUUCUUCACCAUGGACGGCGAGUGUUCAGUCGAAUACCUCGGCUGCUCAACCCUUUCAAAAGCAACAACUUCCGGUCUGGGGUCAAUCCAAAAACCGCUCCGGGAGAAGUAUAUAGAAUUCCGGAAACCUUCCAAACAUAAGAAGCUCAGCCAGGAAGCUGUGUUACGAAUAAAUCGUGAUGGGCUGAUAGUGUUGUUCCCGGGCGCACCCCCGGGUCAAGCUAACCAGAUGUUUUAUGAUUUUCCCUCCAUAAAUCUUUUCGAAGCCGUUCGUUUUAUGGCCAGGAAAGGUCCGGACAAAAAAAUGGGAGCCGGAUUUGUGCCGAUCGAACAAAAUCGAAAUUUGAACAACGGUGCAGAAAAUCUGUUUUCCCACCUGGAAAAGAAAAACCACAAUUUGUUGAAAAUGGACCAUCCUGCCAUGCUCGCCUGCGUCAUGAGGCGAACCUCCGGGGUGCGCGCGCUCGAGUGUCAUUGCUUUAUUGCAGACAGCGAUAGUCAGGCGAUCAGACUUGUUUCAAUGUUACGGGGGCAGAAUCACAUGGGUUUUGAACGCGAACCCCCGUUCCCGAAUCGCUACGGUGAAUAUUCUGGGCCUAGUCCUGGUGGUCACCAUCCUGACAUUUUACGUAACAGUUAUGGCGAAUAUAGCGCAUACCGGAAUGAACCUCAAAUGGGACCCGGACCGGAACCGGGCAGACAUCAUCCGGACAUGUACUAUCCCGACAGUAGACGAUCGGACGGAUGGGAGGAACCUGUCCGUCGUGUUAGCGACGAACCCCCAGUGGAGGAUAGAUACCUGGGAGAUCCUCGGCCGCUCUAUGGCGUACCACCACAGUCACGUGACAUGGGGCCAGCGCCUCACGACAUGGGUCCUCCCGCUCUAAAUAGACAUUCGGGCGAGGGCAGACAUUUCCUGCACGAGCGCCAGUCUUCAGGUGACAGUGGUUCGCGUGGCUAUCAUGAACCCCAUAGGGCGGACAGCAAUGGUUUUAUACACGAGAGACAGAGAUCUGGAGAAUUCGUCCGAGGUGAUAGACACUCCGAUCAUGGGCAAGGGGAGCGGUUCUCCCGGCCUCAGACACGUGACGAGGGUCGUGCCGGACGAGUUAUGUCCCCUGGCAGAUACAGGGAACCACCGUCAACUGCCCCCAAACCGUCCCGCGCACUGUCGCCUGGGCCACGCACACAAAGAUCGCCCCCAUCUUCCAGACAUCAGGGGUUACCAAGACAACCAUUUGACACCCCUCCAUCGCCCGUGACCAGAUCGUGGAAUGAACCAGUGUACUCUGCCUCGAAUCUCGAAAGUCGACAGCUUGAGGAGAAACAAGCUGCCAAAGUGAAACCCGUUGCUAAAGUCCCUCCUAACCACUUGCUGGGAGUGAAGGUUUUACCUACCGGCCUUAUGGCAGCUCUUCCCAAAAAGGUGGAGGCGGAACCUUCACGCUAUGAUGGCGAUGAAGAGGACCCGUACGAUAAUGCAAUGUCAAGAGAACAGUUUUACGGUAAUAAACAGGACUUCAAAUCAGACACAGAUAAGCGGGACUACAGGCGUAGUGAUGAAUUUCUAAAGCCAGGUCCCGGCGGUUACGCGCCUCCGGAUAUAGUUCCGCAUCACGAUCGAGACCAACGGUAUGGCACCGACUACGGCGAAAUGUACCGCAAGCCUAAUUCAAAUAAUUCUUCUCAAUAUAAUAAACAUAGUGGAGGCAACACGGAUAAAGCCUGGUCGUUUGAAAGUGAAUUUCAAAAGUAUACAAAGUAUGCAAGUGACGAUGAUAAUAGUGAUAGGGGAUCGCAAGGAUAUUCAAGCCAUGGCUCCAAAGGGGGAGGCAACGAAUUAUCGGAAAUGUUGCACAAGAUGAAUGUCCAGAGAGGCUCUAGCGAAAGGGCAAAAACAUCCGACACAAACUUCGAAGAGCAGCUGGGUUACUUACCGUAGUGAUCAACGCACAAUGUCAUUUAGAUGCAACAAUUCGGUCACAGUGUGUGAAUUUGUGACUCAUUGACAACAGAUAUGGCCACGGUGUGUGAUUUAGUGGUCCGUGACCGUUUUCGGUUAGGUACCUCGGCUAGUCUCGUUCAACCAGACUCUUGAUCACUUGUUCGGCGUAGCUUGCUCAGGCAACAAGAGUCUGGUUGAACGAGACUAUACCUCGGCAUGAAAAACGGCCACAGUGUAGAGUUUAGCUAACAUUGACAACAGAAUCGGUCACGGUGUGUGAUUCAGUUACCUCGACAUCAAAUAAGGUGACAGUGUGGAGUUAAGUUACCCCUGACAACAGAUAUGGUCACAGUGUGAAAUUUUGUUACGGAUGACAACAAUUACUGUCACGGUGGAUGAUUUAGUGUUUCCUUUAACAAAAGAUACCUGUAAGUCACAGUGACAACAAACGCGGUCACGCUGCGUGAUUUAGCUACCCCUACAACAAACUCCGUAUGUAAUUUGUGUUACUCAUGGCCUCAAAUACGACCGGGUUGUUAACCCAGUUGUCGACAAGUUUGCUGUUUACAAUUUCAUUUAUUUUUGCAAUAUAUAUUAUAAAUCUACC